AACUGAAUGAUUGGAACUGCAAUACAACCGCUGCUACAUGUAUGCACGCACUGCUGGGAGCUCUGCGUACUGAUGGGUUACGCAAGUGCCACGCUAAUCACUUGUCACUGAUGCUGGCGUACUAGUGUCCCACAAUGGAGUUGAGAGAUGAAUGCUACAAUUGCCAAAGGUGCAGUAGUUUGUAAAGAAGCCAUCCUGAAAGGUGAUGUGACGAUAGGAACCGGUACCGUCGUACAUCCCAAAGCACUCAUACAUGCGGAGGCCGGACCUAUUGUCAUCGGCAACAAUAAUAUCAUCGAGGAGCAAGUCGUCAUCCAUAACCGCCCACAACCAGUUGCUGAAGGAGAGACUGCGCCGAAAGACAAGCUCACCAUGGAAAUUGGCAGCAGCAAUGUGUUUGAAGUGGGUUGCCGUUGUGAAUCAUUACACAUUGGAGAUAACAACACGCUAGAGUCGAAAUGUCAUAUUGGUGUGAAGUCAGCCAUGACCAGUGGUUGUGUUCUGGGAGCAUGCUGUCAUCUGACCAGUCAAGAGACACUGCCUGAGAAUACGGUAGUGUUUGGCGAGGGCAAUCUGCGUCGAGUGCAAGGUGAUAAACCCACGGCACCGACAUUACAGCUGGACUUCCUAACGAAAAUAUUGCCAAACUACCAUCACCUGCAGACUUCGCAGUCGGCAGCCCCAGCAGCACCAGCAACAUCUUGACCAAAGUUAUCCUUGUCGUAUCCACCCUAUGUAGUCGUCUGAUUUUGCUGCAAACCGGCAUUUGUUGAUUGCGAUUCCCCCACGAUACCACUGACUAGAUCAGCGUACUGGUUGCCUUAUCGAAACCUAUCAAUUUCCUGUGCAUGUUCUGCUGUGGGACAUGUUAUCGUGUCUCAUUCUUUCACAUGCUGAUCAUACAGCACAGAUAUUGUUUUAAUAGUCACUCCGCAGAGUAAUGCUGGUGUGCGUGUUCACGCCAGGUCGGUGAAUUGUGGAUUAUGCAUCAGAGACUGCUAGGUACCGGUAGCCGUCCACGAUAUCUCUUAUGAGGCACUUCACGCAAGUUUUCUGCUUACCCCGGACGUCAGAACUUUCUCACCUAUUGCUCGGAAGUGACCGUUCAAGGCUAUAAAGGCUAUAACCUUGUUGCUGCAUGAUCUCUGGUACUAGCAAAUGCCUGUACACGGCCAUAAUCUCUUUUGCUAGGAAUGCCUGUACACGGCUAUAAUCUCUGUUAUUAGCAAAUGCCUGUACAAGGCUAUAAUCUCUGUUGCUAGCAAAUGCCUGUACAAGGUUAUAAUCUCUGUUGCUAGGAAAUGCUGGUGCAAGGCAAUAAUGCCGUCGGCAUACCUCAGUGUGACAUGCUGAACUGUUCACCUCAACGCUCCACGAGCGUAUAGCUCAAGUUUUCCUGCUGCUAUGCCAUCACCUCCACAGUAGGUAGGUAUAAUCAGACUUUCACCGGUCAAUCAUGUAUUUGAUUGUAUAAAGUAUUGACUUGUCUUCUUGUUGUGCAUGUCGACUGCUUGUUACUGCGGCCUCAUGAUAUUAUACUUUUCAUAUCAUGGAUGAUAAUAAUCAUAAAUUUUGUCAUGAUAUCAUGGAUGGUGUCAAUCUGGCAAACAAUUGUCACUGCUGUUAACACUGUAGUUAGAACACACACACACACACACACACGCACACACACACACACACACACGCGCGUUAUUUGUUUCUUACAUGGCUACAAUCUUAUGUGUUGGUGGCACAUUCUGACAUCGUUCUUGUAUCGUGUGAUCCAGAAUUUUGCUUUUCUA